UGAAGAAUAUGUUACUAAUUCCUUCAUAGUUUUAGUUAUCUUGUAGUAGUAACUUUUGAUUCAAUAAAAAUAAAGUCACUAAAAAUAGAUUGGACAAACUGCUUCUAGAGACAACUUCAAAGUAUAACAAUUUGAAUUUCAAAACUUCGUUUAUUGUUAACGGUUGGUGAUGGGUGCUGCAAUCUAAAUUAAAAGAAUCUGCUAUGGUGUUCAAUAAGAAAGAUUUGGCGAAAGCAUUUUCGCCGAAUAAAGCCAAAAAACUGGCAAAGAAACGACUUUCAAAUAAUGGAACAAGGCCGAGUACAAGUGGAAGUACAGCUUUAUCAAUACAAACAGAGUCUGGUUCGCAAACAAGUAUCAAGGUAAUAGUAAGAGUACGACCGCAGAAUGAUCGCGAACUCCAAAGCAACUGUAGAAGUAUCAUAAAACUCAUUGACGAUAAAAUGUUAAUUUUCGAUCCGAAAGAAGAGGAAAAUCCAUUCUUUUAUCACGGCGUAGCUCAGAAAGGUCGUGAUCUACUUAAAAAACAAAAUAAAGAAUUGGAAUUUAUCUUUGACAAAGUAUUUGAUAUGUCAUCUAACAAUACUGAUGUAUUCGAAGGAAGUACUAAAGACUUGAUUAUUAGUUUGUUGGAUGGUUACAAUUGUUCUGUAUUUGCAUACGGAGCAACGGGUGCUGGAAAAACUCACACUAUGCUUGGCAAUAAUCAGGAUCCUGGUAUCACGUAUCGUACAGUAGCAGAAUUAUUUUUUCAAAUAGAAAAACAAGGCGAGCAUCGUGAAUUUAAUUUGGGUGUAACAUAUUUAGAAAUCUAUAAUGAGAAUGUACAAGAUCUUCUGCAUAAAUCUGGACCUUUGCAUUUAAGAGACGACGGUAGACACGGAGUAAUUAUUGCUGGUCUUAAAGUAAUUACUAUACAUAGCGCCGAAGAGUUGUUGACACUUUUGGCAAAGGGUAAUAAAAAUCGUACACAGCAUCCUACCGAUGCAAACGAGGAAAGUAGUAGAAGUCAUGCUGUUUUCCAAGUUUACAUUAAUAUUACUAACAAACUGGAUGGUCAAGUACGACAAGUCAAGCUGUCUAUGAUAGAUUUAGCAGGAUCUGAAAGAGCUUCUGCUACAGGCUGCAAAGGAGCACGGUUUAAAGAGGGUGCAAAUAUUAAUAAAUCGUUAUUAGCACUUGGAAACUGCAUUAAUAAUUUGGCAGAUGGUGCAAAACAUAUAACAUACAGAGAUUCAAAAUUAACACGUCUGUUAAAAGAUUCAUUAGGUGGAAAUUGUCAAACAGUUAUGAUAGCUAAUAUUGCACCCUCUAGUUUUAGCUACGAAGAUACGUAUAAUACGUUAAGAUAUGCGAACAGAGCGAAGAAAAUUAAAACUCAUAUAAAGAAAAAUAUAAUAUCUUGCGAGAUGCAUGUAACUGCGUACAUUAAAAUGGUGGAAGAACAAAAGAAAGAGAUAAAUUAUUUGAAACAAAAGUUAUUGGUAUUUGAAAGUGGAUCAACCCCCAUGUUGCCGGAAUUGAAAGAUAGUAAGGUUGACGAGGAAAUAGAUAAAUGUGCGCUAACAAUUAGUAACAAAUUAAUCGAACUGCAUCAUAAAAAAAGAGUUUUAAAUGAGAAGGUUCUUUCGUUAGAAAGCGCUGACAAAAUAUUGUGCUGCAGAAUUCAGUAUAAAAAAGCAGCAGAUGAGAGAUUACAGAAUUUAACAGCAGCUGUUGAUGCUUCAACGCCUGAAGAGCAAAACACUAGUGGCAAAUCAAGAGUUAAUAAAUCGUUGCAUUAUUUUGAACGACAAAGAGAUUCAUUAAAAAUACAAAUAGAGGCUGCAUGGGAAGAAUUAUGCUCGAUAGAAACAGAAUUACAAAAACUAAAUAUAGAUAUAAAGUCGAAAAAAUUUGGAAAGCUCGAAGACAUGAUUGCAUUACAAACUUGUGAGAUAGAAAAGUCUAGAUUGCGGCAGCAAUAUGAACAUGCAAAGAAAGUGAAUAAUCUUCAACAGUGUGAAAUGCAGUCUCAUUAUUCAAUGAUUAAAAUGAUGAGUACAACUUUACAAAAUUAUUACAAUAUGAUGAGAGGCUAUGGAACAAUGACAGAUACAAUGAAAGAAGAGUUUAAACAACUGGUCAAGUUGUUAGAAGGAGUAAGAAAUAUUAAAUGGUCAGACAUGGAAACAAUUAAUCACGAGGAAUGCUUCUAUAGCUUGACUUGUCUUAGCAUACCCAAUUUGAUAGAUCCACUUAAUAAUAAAGUACCUAUAUGUACAUUAUAUCCUAUAGAUGAUCAAAAUCAAAAUCAAAAUUGUACUAAAGAUACAUUGAAUACCACGUUUAAUGCGUCUACUACAGAGAAAGACAAUGUGUCCGAUGUAGUAGUAAAUGAUACAACUGUUACACUGCAGACAGAUAGAAAUAUAAGUUUUAAUGAGGAAACAAAAGGAAAGAGAGAAAGGAAGGAAAGCAUAGAAAAAGAGGAUGAUAAUGUAAAUUGUACAGAAAAAGUCAAAAAGCGUGUCCUUUUAGAUAAAAAUAAUAUAAAUAUAAUAAAAAUGCCUACAAAACAAGCAAGAAAAAUAUUCCCAAGGGAUAAAGAUACAUCUUGCGCAAUAGGAGCCAAAGAAAAAGAGAACAAACAACACCUACAAAAAUCGCAUUCCAUAACAAUGAGCGCUAGAAGUGUAGCUAUAUUAAAUAAAUUAAAAGCGGAUAAAGUUAAAAAAAAUAACCUUGAUAAGGAAAAUACAGAUAGAUCAUUGAAAGUAGUAAGAGAAAAAGAAAGGCGAGGGUUGAUGACAACGCAUCCAUAUCAAAAGCCAAUUAGUAAACAAAAAUUGAUAGCGGCUCCGCCUUCGUCUCGAGUACCACGAUAAUAGUAAUAACGAUUAGUAAUAGCAUUAGUGUAGUAAAAAAAUAAAAUGCAUAUAGAAUUAUUAUUUAUGAAGCCAGUAAAAAAAUGCGCCGAAAACUGGAUAAAUGUUUCAUAUGUUUACUAAAAUAUAAAUAAAAAAAGAAAUCUUUAGUGUAUCCUAAACUAAUCGUACUUGGAUAAAAAGCUGUCUUGUAAUAAGAAAAAUAAUAAUAAUAAACUAUUUAAUAUUAUUUUGUAUAUUACUAACAAUAAGUAUGUAACUUGUAAUAUACAUCUGUGUACUGAGCAAUUUAGAGUUGAGUAUUGAAAGUUUUACCAAAUGAUGAAAUUAUUUUUUAAGCAAGUAGAUAACGAAUAUGUAUUUAGCACCUUUUUACUCGUAAAACGAUCAAAUUUAUGUAACUGAUAAUGAGUUGGAACGAUUAAAUGAAACAUUAUAA